AUGCUGUCCAACGAUGAUGGUACUAAUGUGUUGGAAUCAAAGGACAUCGACCUAGCCGCCUUGAACAUUAUACACGUUGCUGGGACAAAAGGCAAAGGCAGCACUUGUGCUUUUGCUCGAUCUCUCUUACAGGAACGGGGCAAACGCACAGGGUUCCCGAACAAAAUUGGUCUCUACACUUCACCUGAUCUUAGAUGCGUCCGAGAGCGCAUUCAAAUCAACGGGCAGCCUAUCUCCGAGGAUCUGUUUACCCGAUACUUUUUCGAAAUCUGGGAACGGUUGUUCUCACAGCAGGAUAGAGUCACAACGGAUGCCUCAAAACAGCCCCGGUUUCUGCAGUUCAUGGCAUUGCUAGCCAUCCACACCUUUUGUCGAGAAGGGACCCAAGCAAACAUCUUCGAGACUCACCAUGGUGGCGAAUACGACGCUACGAACGUCAUUGCUGCACCAGUAGUGACUGGAAUCACCUCCAUCGGUCUCGACCAUCUCGCACAACUGGGCCCCGAGAUCGAAGAUGUGGCUUGGCACAAGGCGGGUAUCUUCAAGAAUGGAGCUCCUGCGUUCUCUGCGUCACAAACACCGGCCGUCGAAGCUGUGUUGCGAGCUCGGGCAAGUCAAAAGAGCAUCCAGUUUGAGAUCGUCCCAGUCGACCCUUCUCUGCCUCGCCAUGCAAACGCGUUGCGCCCACAUGUGCAACGAAUCAAUUGUUCCUUGGCUAUUGCGCUCGUUAAAACAUUUCUCUCCGCAAAGAGCCCCGUUGACAAAGGCCAGCUAAGCGAGCAAGAUAUCGAACGAGGUAUCGAGAACUUCUCAUGGCCUGGCAGAUUCGAGAUUAUGAAGACCCCGCGAUGUACUUGGUUUCUCGAUGGGGCUCACAACGAAUUAAGCAUAGGACAGGCGGUUGAGUGGUUCGCUGAGAUGACUUCGAGUCCUUUUGACCGCGAGGGGACCCCCCAAGGAUCUCCGCGUUUGGUUAUCUUCUCACAUGUUUCGGAAGAGCGAGACGGGCUGUCACUAUUGAGAGCGUUGGGGGCGGCACUCGAGCGGAAUGCCAUACGAUGUCCCGAAAUGGUGUUCACAACAUACCAAGAACGACGUGACGGAAAAGUUCGAUUUGACAAGACAUUGAAGGCUCCAGACUCCUCACUUGCAGACCUCCCAAAACAAUACCCUGGCUUAUGGGAGUCAAUCCAGCCCGCUGCAACCUCCAGGUACGUCCCUUCAAUUGAAGAGGCGUUGGAGUAUGCAGACAAAGCCAGCCAUAAGCAUGGGAACUUGCAAGUCUUGGUGACUGGGAGCUUGCACCUGGUGGGUGGCGCACUUUACAUGCUACAGCAGCGAAAAUCUGACGCUACUGAUGCCUGA